UUCACUGUUAUUGGGGUCACGAUAGCUCUCUUGGCCCUGAAGAACAUGAACUCCAGGAGGAGACAACUUGUUAUCACCUUAAAGAACCCUGAAACCAAGUAUCUGCUGUCCUUGAUUGAGAAAGAGCAAAUCAGCCACAACACCAGGAGGUUCCGCUUUGCACUGCCCUCAUCAGACCAUGUUUUAGGCCUUCCUAUAGGUAACUAUAUCCAUCUCAUGGCCAACAUCGAUGGUGUUCUGGUGAUCAGGGCAUACACACCUGUGUCCAGUGAUGAUGAUCGAGGCUUUGUGGACUUAAUUAUAAAGAUCUACUUCAGAAACGCACACCCUAAUUAUCCAGAAGGAGGGAAGAUGUCUCAAUACUUGGAGAACAUGAAAAUUGGGGACACCAUUCUUUGUCGAGGGCCAUCUGGGCGCCUCUUCUAUCGUGGGCCAGGUCAGAACUCGAAGUCAGCAGUAUCCUCUGUGUUUUCAGGGAAGUUGUCCAUCAAAGCGUACAAAACGAGUAAGCCUGAAGAAAAACUGGCCAGUCACCUGGGAAUGAUUGCUGGGGGCACAGGGAUCACACCCAUGCUGCAGCUCAUCCGCCACAUCACCAAGAACCCCAGGGACAAGACCAGGAUGUCCCUCAUCUUUGCCAACCAGACAGAGGACGACAUCUUGAUGAGAAAGGAGCUUGAAGAAGUUGCCAAAACUCACCCAGAGCAGUUCAGCCUGUGGUACACCCUGGACCGGCCUCCUGCUGGCUGGAAGUACAGCUCAGGCUUCAUCACCGCGGACAUGAUCAAGGAGCACCUCCCUGCUCCUGGGAAGUCCACCUUCAUCCUGGUGUGUGGCCCGCCAGCCCUGAUCCAGUCCGCCGCUCACCCGAGCCUGGAGCAACUGGGCUAUACCAACGACAUGGUCUUCACCUACUAA